GAGCCACCAGAGAAGUCUCGGAUGUGGAUUCUUAAUGAAAGUAUAUUAUACGUGUAAAGGAGGGACAUAUUCAGCAUAAUUCAGCAUAGAUUCCUUUGGGCCUCCAAAGUUCUGCUGAAUGGUGAGAAUGUCAGACUGCCCGGAAGCUCUUAUUCAAAAGUAGAAUUUCACAAGAUAUGGAAAGCUCAAUUCUCUCUGUGUUCCUGCCCUUUUAUUUGCCUUGCAGCAUCAUUCCACAAUUACGCACUUGUUAAGAAAAUGUUUUCAAACCUCAAGCUCUUGUUUUCAAACCAAACUCAACAUCAACAAGGCCAUAUCUUUAACCAAAGACAAAAAGCAGAAUCAAAAAGUGCCUCGGGUAUCUGAACAAGAUCUCUGCCACUUUGCUUCUCCACAGUGUAAAGCCUUUAUUAGGCAUAUAACAUUUUCAGUAUAAGAGGACUACUGCUCAGUGGUUUGUGCACUGGAUUCCACUUUGUCUUAUAUCGUUAUUACUAUCCUGCUCCUUAUUGUUUGGUUUUGUCUGAUAUAGGAAGGAUAGAUAUUUGAAUGUGAGAUUGAGAGAAGCAUGUCAGGGUUUCUAAUAUCUUUUAAGUUUGGAGUUGUGGUGUUCUUUUUACAUGAAGCUGAGAUCUGUGAAACUGUUAGCAAGUUGACUCUUCAUAGGAAACACAGAGAUUAUUAGAUUAUUUCAUUGUUAGGUAAGGAGGUGAUUGUGGCAAGGAAAGAUUGAAUUGUUCUCUUUCACAACACACAGCAAGUUGAUGUAAUGGAAAAAGUGUGGGCAUUAUAAUUAGAUUGAUUUGGAAUCCUACAUGGCAUUGUGUAAAAUGGUUUAAUUUUUCUAAGCCUCGAUUUUCUCAUAUGUGAAAUGGGAAUGUAGUUUCCAUUGGGUGAUGUGAAUGUCAUUGAGAAAGUAGUUUAAAAGCUGCUUAUACCAUGUUUGAUCUGCUAGCUGUGACUGCAUUUAGUAGUAUUAAGAGCUACACUAGUAAGAAUAGUAUUCCCUCACUGAUCUUGGGGGUUAACUUGUAAUUUUUAGAGAGGUCAUACUAACUUGUAAUGUCAGGAUUUCACCUUAGUACAUCUGAGAUUUCCAAAGCAAGAUUGGUUUUCAUGGCUUAUUUCUCUUUCUUAGAUUUGUCUUUGCAGGACUUCCUUUUUCCAGAGAGGGGAACCCAGAGGAAGAGAUUAUGGCUGCUGUAGUUUUUUCAGUUGGACCUUUGAAGUGAUCAAGCUUAAUAGAUGACAUGGAGAGAAAGAAGAUUAAGACACAGUGCUUGGCUGUAGGGAGCUUACAGUCUCACUGAGAGUCCUCAAGUUUUCCAGCCAGAGGAAGAUCUUCACCUUCAGGCAGAAGAGCCAGAAUUGGUAAAGGAAUCAGUGACAUUUAAAGAUGUGGCUGUAGACUUCACAUUGGAAGAGUGGAGGUUGAUGGACCCUAUGCAGAGGGACCUGCACAAGGACGUGAUGCUAGAGAAUUAUAGGAAUCUUGUCUCCUUGGGGCUUGCAAUUUCCAAACCAGACAUGAUAUCUCAUUUGGAGGAUGGAAAAGGACCAUGGGUGGUAGUGAGAGAAAUUUCAAGAACCUCCUUUUCGGAGUUGGAGACCAAACCUACAACCAAGAAUACUAUACCAACAGAGGAUUUUUCUAAAAAACAUUUAUCACAGAAUGCCAUUGUAGAGAAACUCACCGAGAAUGGUCUAUGGGACCCCAGAAUGGGAGGAUUAUGGAAAUGGGGCGACAGGAUACUGAGACUGCAAUACAGUCAGCAGAGUCCUGUAGGCCAAAGAACAGUUAAACACAAGAAAAUCCCCACUAUUCAGAAAGGCUUCGGGUUUGGAUCUGUUCUUCUUCCAGAACCAGAAGUUAUCACAGAAGAACCCCAUGGCAAAUACCAAACACAUGAUGAAAAUUUUACAGAGGGUUUAGAUUUGAUCACAGAUACCCAUCUGAGGAAGGAAGUUUGCAAGGAUACAGAAGGCAGCAAAGUCAUGAGCCCUGCCUCAGAACUCACUUUAGAGAAAAAACCCAAUAAUAAAGAAAAACCCUAUAAAUGUAGUACAUGUGAAAAGGCCUUCCGUUAUAGGUCAUUACUCAUUCAACAUCAGAGAACUCACACUAAAGAAAAACCUUACGAAUGUAAUGAAUGUGGGAAAAUGUUCAGCCAGCCUUCUUAUCUUAGUCAACAUAAAAAAAUUCACACUGGAGAAAAACCCUAUAAAUGUAGUGAAUGUGGAAAGGCUUUCAUUGCUUCUUCAUCACUUAUGGUGCAUCAGAGAAUUCAUACUAAGGAGAAACCUUAUCAAUGCAAUGUCUGUGGAAAAUCUUUUAGCCAGUGUGCGCGCCUUAAUCAACAUCAGAGAAUUCAAACUGGAGAUAAGCCCUAUAAAUGUAGUGAAUGCGGGAAAGCUUUUAGUGAUAAAUCAAAACUUGCAAGACAUCAGGAAACUCACAAUGGAGAGAAACCCUACAAAUGUAAUGAUUGUGGGAAAGCCUUUAGGAAUAAGUCAUAUCUUAGUGUACAUCAGAAGACCCAUACUGAAGAGAAGCCAUAUAAAUGCAAUGAGUGUGGGAAGUCUUUCAAGAAUACCACAAUCUUUAAUGUUCAUCAGAGAAUUCAUACUGGAGAGAAGCCCUUUAGGUGUAAUGAAUGUGGAAAAGCCUACAGAAGUAAUUCCAGUCUUAUUGUGCAUAUCAGAACUCACACUGGGGAAAAACCGUAUGAAUGUAAUGAAUGUGGGAAAGCAUUCAAUCGUAUAGCAAAUUUCACAGAACAUCAGAGGAUUCAUACUGGAGAAAAACCGUAUAAAUGUAAUGAAUGCGGGAAAGCAUUCAUUAAUUAUUCAUGCCUUAGUGUACACCACAGAAUGCAUACAGGAGAGAAACCUUAUAAAUGUAAUGAAUGUGGAAAGGCCUUCAUGCGUUCUUCAUCUCUAAUUAUACAUCAGCGAAUUCAUACUGAGGAGAAACCUUAUCUCUGUAAUGAAUGUGGGGAAUCUUUCAGAAUAAAAUCACAUUUAACUGUACAUCAGAGGAUUCAUACUGGAGAGAAACCAUAUAAAUGUACUGACUGUGAGAGGGCAUUUACCAAAAUGGUAAAUCUCAAGGAGCACCAGAAAAUUCACACUGGCGUGAAACCCUACACAUGCUACAACUGUGGAAAAUCCUUCAGAACUAAGUCAUACCUUAUUGUACAUCAGAGGACCCACACUGGAGAAAAACCAUAUAAAUGUAAUGAAUGUGAGAAAGCUUUCACUAAUACAUCACAGCUUACUGUGCAUCAGAGAAGGCAUACUGGAGAGAAACCCUAUAAAUGUAAUGAAUGUGGGAAGGUUUUCACAAGUAACUCAGGCUUUAAUACCCAUCAAAGGACACAUACUGGGGAGAAGCCAUUUAAAUGUAAUGACUGUGGCAAAGCAUUUAGCCAGAUGGUACAUGUUACAGAACAUCAGAAAAUCCAUAGUGGAGAGAAACCCUAUAAAUGUGAUGUCUGUGGAAAAGCCUUCAGGAGAGGUUCAUACCUUACAGUUCACUGGAGGACACAUACUGGAGAAAAACCCUACACGUGUAAGGAAUGCGGGAAAGGUUGUAUUACUCUAUCACAGCUAACUCUGCACCAGAGAAUUCAUACUGGGGAGAGGCCCUAUAGAUGUGAAGAAUGUGGAAAAGCCUUCAGAACUAACUCAGACUUUAUUGUGCAUCUGAGGAUGCACACUGGAGAAAAACCCUAUAAAUGUAGUGAAUGUGGAAAAGCCUUUAGGAGUAGCUCCAGCCUUACUGUACAUCAAAGAACACAUCAGAGAGAAAUUCAGUUAAUAUAGAGAACAGCAAAUCAUCGUUCAGACAGUAACAAGAAUCUUACAAACUGUAUAUUUUAUGAAUGUGGGAAAACAUCCAGGAGCAAUUCACCAGAAAAUAUACACUGAAGAGAUGCUUUAUAAGAAUGUAGAAAAGUAGUUGGUCAUCUUAAAUCUUAGAAAUUAUUAGAAAAUUCAUAAUAAAAAGGGCAUGUGAAAGCCUUCAUCCAAAUUUCAUAUUUUAUUCAUUUAACAAGUUGUCUUCAAUGAUUGCUUAUAUAUAUAUUAUAUAUAAGCAAUAUAUAUAUAUUCCUAUUGGCCUGUCUAUAUUUCUUAGGAAUCUAGAGGUGCUCUUAAUGUAUUUGAGAUAUUAAUCCUUUCUCAUGUGUGUUCCAAAUGUUUUUCUUAGUAUUUGUCUUUGUAUUUUUUAUAUAGUAAAAGAUAGGAAGUCUUUAAUUUUUUAUAGUAAAACAUCUUUUCCUUUUUAUAUUCCUGAUUUACUCAGCUAAAAGGACCCAUGUAAUCCCCAAGUUAUAUAUAAUCUCUUAAAUUUGUUUCUAAGGUUUUUAUAAUUUUAUUUUUUACCUUGAGGUUUUAAUCCAUCUGGACUAGAUGGCUGUUCAUAGAAAAAUAAUUCCAAAUGCAUUAACCUAUGACAGUGUUAUGAACCUAAAUAAAUAGUACUCAGGGAAGUGCAUAUUAAAACAACCCAUGAGAUGUUAACUUCCACUUUGUGGAGUUGAAAAAAAUUAAGAGAUGUUUUGCUAGUGGAGUUUGGUAAACCAUGUGCUCUUACAAAAUGGUUAUAUCAACUUAUAUUUCCACUUGCAAUCCAGCUAUAUAUUUUUCAGAUUUUUAAGUAAAAGUUUAAAAGCAUUUUGACCCAGCAGUCUCACUUUGAGAAUUUGCUGCACAAAAAUAGUAGCAUCAGUGAAAACUAUAUGCAUAAGCAAGGAUGUUUGUUAGAGUAUUAUUUAUAGAGACAGAGAUGAAACCCAGCUGGAGACAAAGUGAAUGCCAACUAAUUGGGGAAUGGGUGAAUUAACUGUUAUAUAGCCAUACCGUGGAACAACAUGAGAGUAAUUUUUUUAAUGAGUUAUAUUUACAGUAGUUGACUAACAGGUGUUACCACAAUUUUUUGGUAAGUAAUUGCUUUAUUACAGAGAUGUAUAUGUAUAAAAUUUCAUUUUUAAAGUAAUGAUCACAUGCAUUUGUGUGUAUAUGUGUGCAUGUGAUUAGAUGAGCAUGGAAACAGGUAACAAGAAUAUACACCAAGCUGUUAAUAUUGGUUACCUUGAAGGGGGGUAGAAAAGGGAAGUGUGAGAUAAGUGCGGGGAAAAACUAGGAUAACAGAAAAAUGUAAAUGCAGUGUUUAUGGUAUAAAACUACUAUGUAUUUGUGUAAACAUUUGAUAACCAUGAAUGAAGGGAUGGUCUCCUAAAAGUUAAUGACAUUCAUUUCAGAUUUUUUUGAGAAUCUACUGUUUUUUUGUUUGUUUUACCUUUCUGUGUUUUUCCAUAUUUUUCAGUUUUUCUUUCCAGUGAGCAUGUAAUAUUUAUGUAAACAUGAAAAACCUAUUUUUUCCGUGAAGCUAAUUUUUUUUCCCUGUGGACACCUGUCAUGUCCCAGGAAUUACCCUGGAUGCUGAGUAUACCUUGGCAGAGCAGGAGUGGUCAUGGAUCUUAAGAGCUUGGGAACUGGUUUGGAUGGUUCCUAGAUUCCAAAGAAAUUAUCCAGCGUUUCACCACCACCCCUCACUCUCUCACUUUCAUUUGGAGGAGGUAAUAGAAAUUUCAGGUAGAUGCAAAAUAUAUCCAAGAAUAUCUGGAACUUGUGUCCAGGUUAUAGACCAGAAGGCUUGCAAGCCUCAGGACAAGUUCCACUUUCAACAUGGCACCGAAGGAGAUCACAGUGGUGAAAAGGUCUGUGUACAGCCCCACACAACAUUGCAUUACUGGAGUAUAGAGAGGGAAACAGCCAAGGACUCCCAAGUCCAUUUUAAAGUAUUGGAAAUACUAAGAGAGACCUGCAGUCAAAAUGGGAACCCAGAGGCUGUAAUCCUGGUCCCAGAAGGCCCUAACAGACCGUGGACCUGACCCCUGAAAACGACAAGGCAUGUAGGGCAACAGUUUAAUGGAGACUGAAGGAAAGUCAGAUACCCUCCCACAAUGUUGUGAAGAGGAUCUCGAGUGAGUGAUGGGAACUGUCUCCCUAAAAUGAAUUUGACAUUAUGGUUAAAGUGACUAUUUUGAUUGAGUUUUAAUAGUGAAAUUUAUUAACUAUUACUAGAUGUGUCUUAUUUGGACAAAACGUACCACUUUCUGAUUGGAAAGUUUUGAGGGUCUAACCUUGAAAUACUGCCCUUAAGAAACUAUAUUGUCAAACAGUCUGCAUGACUUGAUAAACUCUGUUGGCUGUUCCUUUCUGCCUUCAACCCCUCAUCACACCUAUAACCCUGUCUGCCUUACCUCCCCAAGAAAGGAGCAAAGCAGUAAGGUCAGCAGGUUAAAGUGACAUAAGAACUGAAAGAUGUCCAUUGGAUUUGGGCACAGAGAUAAUGCAGGGCACCUUUACUAGAGCAGUUCCAUGAACUGGAAGGUGCCAGAGCCUGGUUCCAGUGUGUAGUGUUAUCACGUUAGAGGUUUAAUCUGCAUCACCUUACGCUCUACUGAUGUUGAGUCCCUUUCCAGGUGUUUACUGGCUUCUUGAAUAUCCUCUUUCGAGAAGUGCCAUUCAAGACUCUCCCAUUUUUAAAUUGAUAACUUUCUGGUAAUUUGCAGGUUAUUAGAAUAUCUUUCUAUAUUCUAGAUACAAUUUUCUUUCAGUUCAUGUCUGCAUGGUGUGUUAGGCAGAAUUCUAAAUUGCUCUCUAAACUUCUGGCCCCUGGUAUGCAAGAGGUUCCCAAUUACUCAGUCAAACACUAAUCUAGGUACUUUUGUGAAGGGAUUUUGCAAAUACAACUGAAGUCUCAAAUCAGUUGACUCAGAAUAAUGAAAUUACCCCCAGUGGGCCAGACCAAAUCAGUUGAGAUCUUAAAAAGUGUGGUGCUCCUCCUGGUGAGUGAGAUUGGGAAUAUGAGGGGGAGUCAGUGUGAGCUAUGUUCUUCAUUGCUGACCUUGAAGACAGAGGGGCCACGUGACAGGAAUGUGCACCCUGUAGGACCUGAGAGCAGCUUGUGACUGAGCCCAGCAAGGAAACAAGAACAUCAGUCUUGUAGCUUCAAGGAGCUGUAUCUUGCUAACAAGUUGAUUUAGCUCAGAAAUGGUUUCUUCCUCAGCCUUCAGACAAGAAUCAACCCAGCUGACUCAUUGAUUUCAGCCUUUGAGACCUGAGCAGAGAAUCCAACCUCACUGUGCUUGAACUCCUAACCCACAGAGCUGUGGGCUAAUAAACAGUUGUUGUUUUAA